AAAAAACAAUAUCCCUUCAUUCACAAGCCAUUCAUAAAUCUCUCCACCAACUUUCCCUCUGACCCUUUUCCCAGUUUGGAGAAAAGUUUUGUUUUUUCUCCAGAUCUCAGCUUCAUCACUUCGUUUCCGUUCACGGGUUGCAUAAAAAAUUGCAACCCACCCAGUAACACCCUUCUCUCAAAAACCCCAUAUUUUGGGUGAUUCUCAGAACCCAAUUGAUAGAUAGAUGUGAGUUUCUAAGGGAUCUUGGAACAGUAAGGGGCAAUGUUAGGUGCGGUUCAAUUGGGGUUGUUGGCAGCGUGUGUUGUGUUGUUUGUGCCUAUGGGUAUGGCGGGUUGGCACUUGAGCCGCAACAAGGUUCUCUUCUUUAGUGGUGCACUAUUCAUCACUCUCGCAGUUGGGGUUCACCUAACUCCUUAUUUUCCUUCAGUUUCUGAUUUUAUAACAUCUGUUUCUUCUCCAUCUUCUUCUGUUGAUGUUGUUGUGGAUGAUCGUGAUUCGUGUGUUUCUUUGCUUCAUGAAAUUGACUGGGAUGUGAGGCCUGCAAGGGUCUUUGAUCCUUUUUUGAAUAAUAAUUCUGUGAAUUACGACAAGUCUUGGUCUUGGACUAGAUCGAGUUCUGUGGAUUCCUGUGAGUUUCAGAGGCUUAAACGACAUGACGUUUCGGAUUUGCUAAAUGGGUCAUGGGUCAUGGUGGCAGGGGAUUCCCAAGCUAGAAUCUUUGCACUCUCGUUGUUGAGUUUGGUUUUGGACUCGGAGCGGGUGGAAUCGGUUAGAGGGUCAUUGUUCAAGAGGCAUAGUAAUUAUCACAUUGAGGUUGAUGAGAUAGGGAUGAAGUUGGAUUUUAUAUGGGCACCUUAUGUUACGAAUUUGACCAAAUUGGUUGUGGAGUUAAGGAAGAACCAUGUUUAUCCAGAUCUUUUGGUGAUGGGUUCUGGUUUGUGGCACAUGCUACAUUUCACAAAUGCUUCGGAUUAUGGUGUCUCUUUGGGAUUUUUGAGGAGUUCUGUGACAACGUUGUUGCCUGUGUCCCCAGAAUUUGGCACUGAUGGGCCUGUGACAGUUUCCGUAUCAGUUAGAUCUCCACAUUUGUUUUGGCUUGGCAUGCCAAGUUUGAUAAACUCUAUGUUGAAUACACAGGACAAGAGGGUGAAGAUGACUGAUCUAAUGCGAAGUGAAUAUGAGAGAGAGCUAAAAAGAAGCAACAUGUUGAAGCAAUUUGGUGGCCCUUUUCAACUUCUUGAUAUAGGAUCACUGAGUUGGAAUUGUGGGAUCAGGUGUACAGAUGAUGGGAUGCAUUAUGAUGGAGUUGUUUAUGAAGCUGGGGUUCAUAUUAUGUUAAAUGCACUGCUUAUUGAAUCUCAUCAGAAGCUAUGAAGAUUGUAGCUUUGGUUCCUUCACUGGGAUAUAUAUACGGUAGGACACUCCAACGAUUUUGAUUAAUAGAAGUUGAGUUCUUUCAUCAUAGCUUGCAAAUUUUUGCCUGGUUUCUUCCAGGGACUCACAUUUAAUUAGUUUUAGAAUGAUUGUUAUAGUAAU